AUGGCGAAUCCAGCAACAUACCCUCCACACCAGCAGGAUCGAGGCCUCGAAGAGUACAUAGAGCUCUCCACCCAGCAAGAAGCCCUCCGCCGCCGCAUAUCUCUGCGAGUGUCCUCGACUUCUCCCAUCACCGCCAUUUCCGAGACCCACACGCCAGAAUCAUAUUCACCGUUCAGCGCCUCACCACCGCCCGGCUUGGCCUCAACAUAUCCUGCGCCAGCCACAUUGACGCUAGCCAUACCCACUGAGCCCGGUCUAGCUCAUCGAUCUAGCACGAUGCAGACAGCCGCCGACAAAGCGGAGGAGGACCGUCUCUACGAGGUCAAUCACCAAAUCAAAACUACACUCACGGAGCUGCUCAACUCGCCAACAGUCAAGGCUGACAACAAGUUCCGGGCCUGGAUACAGAACAGGCUCAUGGAUGCGGAGGUUGAGCUGAGGAAGCAGAAGCGGAGGAGGAGCUCCAUCGACCGGGAGUUUGUGGAGAGGGUUGCUGAGAGUUUGGAGAGGAGUGCGAUCCUUUCACCCAGGUUCUGA